GAUAAGAACGUAGCUCGAUGCUAAAGUGAAACUGCCCGUUCUUGGGGUUGCUGCUGCGAUCUCCGUUAUUACAGCCCGAGUACGUACGUAUGAUACGGCAAAUUCCGGUAAACCGGUUUCUGUGCAAGGAAGAACGACAUCGAAAGAACCAUGUUCCUGAGGCAGAUUUUUCGCCAGCAUAGCAGGCUGCAUACAGGUUCCUAUCAGCGGGCAGCAUACACCGGCGGCUAUCAUACCGGCAAAGCAGGAGAGCAAACAGUUGGCCGCAAAUCGGAUUCACAAGGAGGGGGUCAUCAAUCAAGCGGUGAUGAUUCGAAAGGCGAUAAUUUGUUGUCUACGACAGCCGUCAUCUUCGGUGGAUCAUUGCUGACGUAUCUGAUAACGGAGAAGAUAAAGAAAGAUGCGACGAAGAUUUAUGCGAAGGAACCGGCAUCGCUCGUCGACCAGGUCCGCAAGCUGCACGAUACCCGGCGCCCCGAUUUACCCGAGUACACGAUGGAUGAGAUCGGGAAGCACAAUUCAGCGUCCUCGGGCAUCUGGGUAACGUACGGGAUCGGCGUUUACGAUAUUACCACGUUCGUGCCGAAGCACCCGGGCAGCGAUAAGGUAAUGCUGGCCGCCGGCGGAGCGAUCGAUCCGUUCUGGCACAUCUUCCAGCAGCACAACACGCAGGAAGUGUUGACACUGCUGGAAACGUAUCGGAUCGGAAACCUACGGCCCGACGAAGCCAUCGGUACGAAGGACCUUCACGAUCCGUGGUCGGCGGAACCGAAACGCCAUCCCAUCCUCAAGGCGGCCACAGCGAAACCAUUCAAUGCCGAACCGCCAGCAUCGGUACUUGUCGAUAGUUUCCUGACACCGAACGAAUUUUUCUACGUCCGCAAUCAUCUGCCCGUACCGGAGGUGGACAUAAAGAGCUACGAACUGGAGCUGGACAAUGAAAAGACGGGAAAAGCCAAAACACUGCGCUUCGGUGAUCUGCUCCGGUUCCCAAAGCACACCGUCACGGCAACGAUCAUGUGUGGUGGUAAUCGGCGCAGCGAAAUGAUGGAAAUCAAACCGAUCAAAGGGCUACCGUGGGGAGCAUCAGCCGUUGGCAAUGCUGAAUGGAGUGGUGCCCGGCUACGGGAUGUGCUGCUGGCGGCCGGUGUACGCGAUGGUGAAGAGGAAGGACACGUGCAAUUCGAGGGGCUCGAUACCGAUCCAACUAGCACACCGUACGGUGCCUCAAUACCGUUGGCCAAAGCGAUGGAUCCACGCGGGGAUGUACUGCUGGCGUACGAAAUGAACGGUCAACCGUUAAACCGUGACCAUGGAUUCCCGGUGCGAGUGAUCGUGCCGGGUGUGGUUGGAUCGCGGAACGUGAAAUGGUUGGGACGGAUUGUGGUUUCGCGCGAUGAGAGCGGUUCCCAUUGGCAGCAGAAUGAUUACAAAUCGUUUAGCCCUAGUACGGAUUGGGAUACGGUGGAUUUUAAAUCGGCACCCGCCAUCCAAAACAUGCCGAUCACAUCGGCCAUCUGUGUGCCAGCGAAUGGUGAAACGCUAGCGGCGGCCACUAAGGAUGGGUUCGUGACGGUGAAAGGUUAUGCGUGGUCUGGCGGUGGUUCUGAGAUCAUUCGGGUCGAUCUGACAGCGGAUGGCGGUAAAACAUGGAUCGUGGCCAACUUGGAUGAAUCUGAGCAAGGUACCGGUCCAGGCCGGCACUGGUCAUGGACGCUCUGGACUGCCCAGAUCCCCGUACGGCCGGGACAGAAGGGACCGAUCGAAAUUUGGUCCAAAGCGGUCGAUUCCAACUACAACACGCAACCGGAAACCUUUUCCAACAUCUGGAAUCUGCGCGGUGUCGUUGGGAAUGCCUACAGUCGAGUGAAGGUUAACCUUAAGUGAUGUGUUCUUGUGGUGAUAGACUGGGAGGAGAGAGAUUACUAUAUUUUGCUAUGGAAUUGGUUUUUGCCAUCACAUUUUAUCGGUUCUAAACCGUGCAAUAAAACGCGUAUUCUGUUGACUGAAAUCUAAUCUAACUGGAUUGUUAAGCCGACACAUGCUA